AUGACGCAAGAUCGAGCAAAUAUUUUCUCUGACGAUGACGAGGAUUUGCGACCCCGUCAGCAGAGCCUCGGCGGGGUGUUGCGGCGCGAGGGCAACUGGAAGUGUUUCCUGCUGACGCUCAUGAUCGCCGGGUGCCUCGCUUCCGUCGCGUGGUGUAACACCGCCCAAAUCGAUCGGGAACUCAUUGACCUUAACACGUACCCGAUAAAGCGAACCGUUCGAGAAUCACCGUGUGACGUAGGCUACGCGUACAUUCCAAUUGCCUUCGUACUACUUUUGUACCUGGUGUAUCUAGUGGAGUGUUACCAUAGCACCGCGAGGAUACAGUUGGCGAGGAGAGUUGAUGUGGCGGCUGUUAGUGCCAGGGUGCAUGCUAUGAGGAGUGCAACACCCCGAGUCUGGUGGAAGGCGAUAUGCUACCACUACGUGCGACGCAAGCGACAAGUCACGAGGUAUCGAAAUGGCGACGCUUACACAACUACGCAGGUAUACUACGAAAGAGUAAACACGCACAGCGCAAACACAUCGUUCGCACAUGCGUGCUGUGGGCAGCGCGAUGCUUCACGAAAUCUUGUGUUGGACUUGAAGACUCCUAUCACGAAGGUUCGGUUUAGCAAAGGCUUCGCUUUUGCUAAUAUUGAGGCUGCUAGUGAGUUUGAAGAUCAGAGGUCGAGAUUUUUUGCAGAACACGAAAGGUUUGAUGAUUUCAUGGAAAUGCGAGAAGGCUUGGAUCUUAUUGGCGUCAGUUCGUUCAAGGAAUAUAUGGUAGCAUACAGGGAUACUGAUCGCUGUCCAUGGUAUUCGUCUCAACUUCUGUUCUGGACUUUGUCUUGUUUACUUCUCUCGUGGCCUCUUCGUAUUUUAAUAGAGUGUAAUACCGCUUACGUUCAUUACACGAUAACCAAGAUUUUCGGGACAAACUACGAGUUGGAUCCGAGCCGUCAAUUAGAUUUAGAGACGCAUUUGUCAGAUACUUUGCCUCCUGUUCCUACCACAAAUUACGCCUGGGCUCUCGCAGAUGAGCAGAGUGCCGUGCAUCGUUCAGUUUCCCGUCCGAGUCGCGCUCUUCCACUCUCUCAUGCUUCUACUGUUGAUAGCCUCGAAUUAUUUGCUGCUAUUCGAGGAAACUGUGCCUUAGUACCUUCCUACUCAGAAGCUAUGCGAAUAGACGCCGCCGUUAGGGAAGAUCCUGCUGAGAACCAACAAAACAAUGGUGUUUUGGUGAGCAUAGAAUCUGAAACUAGGCUUAAUAGACCAACACUGAAAGCAGCGUCGUUCGAUGAGCCAUCUCGAAGGCAGCGAGUAACAAUUACCGAAACCCAUUCUAGUUAUAACGUAGCUGCUAGUGCGAGGUCCAACGAGGCCAAGCAACAAAACAGGCGAUCUUGGACGGGAGUACUGACAACAGCAAGAAGCGCAAGGCAGAUCCUCGAAGACUUUAGGUCGCAAAACAAUCCGGCCAAUUACGAACGUAUGUCAGAGACUGAUAGCAAUCGAAACGGACAACUUUAUUUCUCCAGUGAACUGUCGCCAACAUGUUCAAGAGAUCCAUUUAGAGGACGAGCGCAGACGACGCCAACAGAUGAACCGCCGUCGUACGAAGAGGCAUUAAAACUUCCAGCUUUGAGAAGACUCACAAGGUCAAUAACUGGUACUGAAUUAGCGGGACCUAGACGAGCAUUUCUGAGAGAUGUUCUCGCAAACAGAAGAUCGUGUCUGGAGGGCGUAGGAGUACUAUCCGGAACGAAAGUAGUCAGGUUGCCGUGUAGUGAGUCGGGUGACGAAACACCGCUAUAG